AUGGGUUUCGAGAUUCAGGAGCCGCUCCAGCCCUUCAUGGGUCGCAAGGAGCGACGUCGUUCGAGCGCCGGCAAGCUCUUUCUGGGAGACCACUGCGACCUGCGAAACGAUGCCGAGGUCCAGAAGCUCAUGGCGAAGCAUGGCGAGCCCCCGCUCGUGCUGUUCAGCUGCGAGGUGCUGAAGAUCAACAGGCGCGGCGAGGCGGUCCCACGGACGUUGCUCGUGUGCGCAAACUCGAUAUUUCUCCUCGACGCCGACGCUCGCCGCGGCGCUCGGCGAAAGAUUCCGCUCCGGUCCCUCGCGUCGCUUCGAAUGUCGGAGAUGUCGGACAACUUCCUGGCCAUGGUGUGCCCCGCCGAGUACGACCUGCUGCUGGUGUGCGGACGGAAGACGGAGUUGGUGGUGGUGCUGCGGGAAGCGCAUCGGUGCGCCAUGGUGGAGCUCGGGAUGGGCGGCGGCGAGGGACGAGGCAGUCGAUCGGUCGACGCCGGCGGCGGCGGGCGAGGAGCGGACGUCGGUCUGCGCGUGGAGCUGUCCAACCGGUUCACGUACAAGGCUGGCGCGAACGUCGCCAAGGCGGUGACGUUCACGCGCGCGGGGGAUGGGGAGGUUGACACCGAGGUGGCCGACAUCGUCGCGUCCAGUCCCGGGUAG